CGCAGACACGAGCGAUCCGAUCCGAUCCGGAACUGUGCCGGCCAGCCAUGGCGACUAGGGUUUUGCUCACCGCCCUCCUCCUCGCCUUCCUCCUCGUCGCCACCCCUUUCACCGCCCGAGUUGCUAGAGCUGAUUCGGAGGAAGAUGCUGCUGCAGCUGAGGUUGUUGAAGGGGCUGAUCUAGGUAUUGUGGGUGAUGAUACACAGGUUUCCAGUGAUGGACCUUUAAGCCCUGCUCCUGGUGUAGAGACAGUAGUUGUAUUCCCCAAAAAUGCUGGCAAAAUUGUACUAGCAGGUGAAGAAACUGAAUUACUAGUUGGUCUGCAAAAUGAGGGUAACCAUAAUUUUUCCUCCCAUUUCUUUUCUCUCUGUUGUACUGGCAUUAAUUUCCUUUUAUAUACUAUACAACUUUUUGCUGGUGGCUCAUGUUGAGUCCCAUCUCUAGUCUACCCCAACUUGAUUGGGACCAAAAGGCUUUGUUGCUGCUUCCAUUGGAGUAAAUCAGUGUUUAAGGUAGAAUUAGCAGUGAGCUUGGAUUACAUCUGUCUAUUCACGCAAAAUAUGUUAAGUGCAUGCUUGUGUGUUCUAUGUAUUGUUUUGUUCAUAUGUAGUAGCACAGUGCAAGUUCAUGUUCAUUUUUAUUUGGGGCAGCAUGCAGUUCUAAAAUUUAUUCGGUUAUUCAAUGUUGGCCAGAUAGUUUGUAUAUUACUAGUUGUGUGUAAUCAUCAUGUUCGUUGUAACUAUUGAAAGAAACUUGGUUGUAGUUGAACUAAAUGGAGAACAUAGAUUGCAAGGCAUGGUUGGCCCUUGACAGCACCAGUUUGAUUUUUGUUCGAUGGAUGUUUGUAUACUGUUCACCAAAUUUAAUUGGAUACUCUCACUUUGGAUAGUUGGUCUUAUUAGGUUUACUACAUAUUCAUUUGCGGCUAGAAGUAACACCAUGAUUCAUGUAAUCAAAAUUUAGGCAUGGUUAUGCAGGUGUUCAUAGUUAACGCCACGGUUUUAUUGUCUUCACUAUUUCAUUGUCAUGCUAAUUCCUGUGUAUGCUACUAUGCUUACAUUGUAUUUACAGGUGAAUCGACUUUGAAUGUUGUUGCUGUUCAUUCAACUCUCCAUCUUCCUUUUGACCAUAAUAUGUAUGGCCAGAACCUUACUGUUCAGAAUUUCUUCAACGCAUCAGUUCCUGUUUCUGUGCAAGCAACCUUCCCUUAUAAAUUCGUUGUGAGCAAGUUCUUGCAGCCUGGAGCUUAUGAUCUGGUUGGUUACAUAGUGUAUGAGAUCGACCAGCACCCUUACCAGAAUGUAUUCUACAAUGGCACUAUUGAGGUCGUUGAGGCUGGAGGCUUACUCAGUGUUGAGUCUGUGUUCCUCAUCACCCUUGGAACCGCUCUUCUUGGUCUCUUUGGAUUAUGGGCAUAUGGCCAGGUUCAGCAGCUCUCGAAGAAAACGAAGAAGGCCCCCAAGGUGGAGCUCGGAACUGGAACAACUGAUGCCAACAUCGAUGAGUGGCUGGAGGGCACUUCGUUUGUGCAGAGAAGCAAAUCCAAGAAAGCAGACCUGAAGCUAGCUCUCCAGAGUAGUUAAUCCUUGGAGGAUCUAGAAUGAGGCAUUUGAGGGUAGCCCUUCACAAGUGACUUCUGCAGAAAGAUAGAUGCCUAAGGAGGUGCUGAAAAAUGUAGUUUCGUGGUCGAACAUCUUUGUUGACACCAUUUUCGACCUUGUGUACUUCACAUGGAACUUUUCUUCAAACAAAGUUUUGUUAAAAAAAGGUAUAUGCUGUUGUCUCUGUGAUUUCUGAUCUUUUA